UGGAUUUCAGAUGCGGCGGUCUUCGACAUGGAGUACGCGCGGUGGAGGAAAAGUAUGGUGCCACUCCUGAGGUUUCGGUUGGUUAUCAUUUUGAGUGGACUGUAUGGCACACACAAUUCUCUCUUAGUAAAGAUUUGUUAUCGGUAUUCCUGGAUGAUGCGGUGGAUAUUCAGUAUGGGGCUGCUAUACGUUGGAAUAUCCCUAGAAGGAUGUAGAUGUGUUGGCGCGAUGUGCAUAACAAUAUGGAUUGCGGAGUCUUUGCAAUGCGGCACAUGGAGGCCUUUUUGGGCCAAUCAGUUCAUGAGUGGGAUUUUGGCUUGCGAAAGGGUGAUACUAGGGGUCUUGAUUUGUUGAGGAUGAGUUAUAUGCGUCAUAUUCUGUCGGUAGAGGUUAACAUACAUCAUUCCAAAAACAUUCGUAGCGUAGUUGAAUACCAUGACACCUUACAACAAAGCUAGCUUUGUGUGGUCAUUUAA